AGGCGAGGCAAGCCGAGGGUGGCGCAAACGAGCCUCCCGCGUGCCGUCGGCCCUCUCUCCUCCCUCCCGUAUUUGGUUCCGCUCCCUUAAACACCGACAACAUAUUAAAACGUGUCAAAAAUACUUCUUCUUCGUUCUUGAUCGCCCUCGAGAACCCUAAUUUGCCCCCUUCGUGUCCCGAUACGAUUCACCAUCCCCUUUCGCCACUCCUCAGAUCUCGAUCUACUCUGCUGAUUCCAUCGAUUCUAGGGUUCCGAUUCGCUCGUGUCCGAUAUCUAGGGUUUCUUAUGCCCGCCCUUUUCGAUCCUUCGACCUAUCGGAUUCCGGACCUUCUAUGUCGAAGAUCGAAGACGAGGACGCCGUCGAGAUCCGUGAUGUGUGAGCGGACAACCUCGCAGCCGAGUUCGCCGUGAUCCGUGACGUCGUCGAUGACUUCCCCUUCGUCGCCAUGGACACGGAGUUCCCCGGCGUCGCCGUCCGCCCCCUCGGAGACUUCAAGACCGUGGCCGACCACAACUACCAUAUCCUUCGUGCCAACGUCGACGUCCUACACCUUAUCCAUCUUGGCCUUACCUUCUCCGACGCCGACGGAAAUCUCCCGACCUCGUCCACCGCCGGCGCGCGCCCCAUCGUGUGGCAGUUCAACAUCAGGGAGUUCGACGUCGACCGUGACGUCAGCAACCCCGACUCCAUCGACCACCUCAGGAAAUCGGGCAUUGAUUUGUCGAGGAAUCGGGAGUACGGGAUCGACGCCAAGCGGUUCGCGGAACUCCUCAUGUCGUCCGGUGUUGUCCUCAAUGAUUCUAUCAGCUGGGUGACCUUCCAUUGUGCUUACGAUUUUGGGUACCUCCUCAAGCUCCUAACUUGCAGAGGGCUUCCCGACAGCCGAGAGGGUUUCUUUGAGCUAGUCAGGACGUUUUUCCCAGUAGUGUACGACAUCAAGCACCUGCUGAAGUUCUCUAACAGCCUCCAUGGGGGACUUAACAAGGUUGCUGAGCAGUUGGAGGUCGAGAGGGUCGGCAUCUGCCAUCAGGCAGGCUCGGACAGUUUGCUUACUGGUCGGGCUUUUAGGAAGUUGAUGGGGAACUACUUUGAUGGGUCGGUUGAGAGAUAUGCUGGGGUGAUGUAUGGUCUGGAUAUUGAACAUGGAUUAAAUACUUGGUGAUGAUGUUAGCAGUAGGUCUCGAGAAAGUAAGAAAGAAAAAAGAAACCUUGUUUGGUGAGUAAAUGUUGAGUGUAUGUGUUGCUUCUUCCAUUUCAUUUAUGCUUUCUUAGAUUUUCUUAACCGCUGCUGCUUUGAGUCCAUAGAUUACCAUGCUUUGUUUUAUCUGUGGUUCACUGUUAUAAUCAAGGAACAAUGUUUUGAGUA